GUGUGUGGUGCAGGAUUGGUGUGUGUGUGUGUGUGUGUGUGUAGAGUAGAGCUGCUUCACCCACACUUUCCUCAGUAAGAGAACACACUCAGAGAGGAACAAUGUCGGAGCUGCUGAGAAUACUGCUCCUCUUACUGCCUGCCAUCCUGCACACAGCAAAUGGAAAUUCUGAGGCAAUGGAAUUUUGGUGCCUCUGGAGCUCUGAUGAUUUCAGUGACAUGGAGUUCAUACUGUCUUUCAUCUUCAAUAAGAUCAAAUACAUCGAGUAUAACAGCACUCUGGGGAAGUAUGUGGGAUACACUGCACGCGGCAUCUAUAACGCAGAGAUAUUUAACAAUGACACUGCAUUCAUGCAAACAUGGAAAGCCAUUGUGGAUGAUGUCUGUAAGCCCAAUGCUCAGCUUUACUACAGCAAAGGCCUCAGUAAAGCAGUUGAGCCUCAGGUUGGGGUCACUUUGGUAAAGAAGUCAGAUGGCACUCACCCAGCCAGGCUGAUGUGCAGCGCUUACAGCUUUUUCCCACCAAAGAUUGAGGUGACCUGGCUGAGAAACAGGAAAGAAGUUAAGGGAGGUGUAACGUCCACUGAGGAGAUGGCUGAUGGAGACUGGUACUAUCAGAUCCACUCACAUCUGGAGUACAUGCCUGAAUCUGGAGAGGAGAUCUCCUGCGUGGUGCAACACGCCAGCUUCCAAAAGCCCAUGGUCUAUAAGUGGGAUCCCUCGAUGUCUGAACCUGAUAAGAGUAAGAUUGCUAUCGGGGCUUCAGGGCUGGUGUUGGGGAUCGUGCUUUCAGCUGCUGGAUUCAUCUACUACAGGAAGAAAUGCUCAGGUCAGUGGAAGAUUGCAGGAAAUCUACAAACAGAAACGUGUAUUAGGACAUCUGUGUAUUUGUUAUUAAAAUUGAAGUGCUAUUAAUAAUUAAUAUUUAACCUUGCUACCUGAUAUUCAUCCUUCUGCUUUAUUUCUGAUUUGUGUUCACAGGACGGAUCCUGGUGCCGACAUAAACACAGGUCUGUGAGCAGAGAAACACUGGAGUGUUUGCUGAAAUCGCUUUAUCUGUUAAACAUCUGCUUUAUUCCGAACAAUUAAAACCUGCUGAGAAAUGAGCAUUUCAUAAUAUGUGCAUCUGCGUCUGUAUUAUCACUUUCCUUAAUGUAAGAUCAGCUUUCUGUAAGUGUUUGCUGAAACUGAUGUUAAAUAUCUUGAUUAUAGGCUUUAUAAGAGUUCUUGAGUAGAAAUUUGACAAACUGAGCUUAGAUACUACAUUCAGCUUAAAAAUGUAUAAAUUAAUUCCUUAUAAUGCAUCUGGGGCGGCACGGUGGUGUAGUGGUUAGCGCUGUCGCCUCACAGCAAGAAGGUCCUGGGUUCGAGCCCCGUGGCCGGCGAGGGCCUUUCUGUGUGGAGUUUGCAUGUUCUCCCCGUGUCCGCUUGGGUUUCCUCCGGGUGCUCCAGUUUCCCCCACAGUCCAAAGACAUGCAGGUUAGGUUAACUGGUGACUCUAAGGUGGUGUUUACAUUAGACCGUAUCCGUCUCGUUUUUGUCGCGGAUGCACUGUCCGUUCACAUUAAAACGCUGGGAAACGACUCCACAGGCGGAACAACUUGAAUCCGCCAGGGCCCACGUAUUCAAUCCAUUACGUAUCUGAUCCGGUGCUGUGUAAACACUGAGGAACGAGGAUACGCUGUGCUGAGCUCUAGCUGAUGUCGUCAUUGGACUACGUCACUGUGACAUCCACCUUCCUGAUUCGCUGGCGUUGGUCAUGCCACGUUGGUCAUGUGACGCGACUGCUGAAAAACGGCGCGGACUUUCACUUCCUGCUAUUUGUCCCGAAUCACUGCUCGUGCGCUUCACUCGCCCGCUCUGUGAGCUGCGCAGGGCCGGAGUGCGCACCCUCCAGAGGGCACUCGCUGUUCAGGGUGGAGUGAUUUGGAGCGCAGGAUGCCUGCGGAGCCGAGCGUAUCCGUGUAUUGGCAUUGCUGUGUGCACGCGAAUCGUGUAUUGGCGUUGCUGUGUGCACGCGAAUCGUUUUAAAAACGUUAAUCUGAUGAUCCGCUGAUACGGUCUAAUGUAAACACCACCUAAAUUGAGCGUAGGUGUGAAUGUGAGUGUGAAUGGUUGUCUGUGUCUAUGUGUCAGCCCUGUGAUGACCUGGCGACUUGUCCAGGGUGUACCCUGCCUUUCGCCCGUAGUCAGCUGGGAUAGGCUCCAGCUUGCCUGCGACCCUGUAGAAGGAUAAAGCGGCUACAGAUAAUGAGAUGAGAUGAGAUGAGAUGAGAUUUAUAUAUGUUGCAUUAUAUAGCUGAUGAAAUUAACACAGUUCUUAUGAGUAAACUUUUAAUCCUGCUGUAUUUCUGUGGCGUCAUUACGACUGCAUUAUGCAUUAUGAACUUAAUUCAAACUGAAGUGGAGAAUCAGGUCCAGUUUGGGGUCGGGAGCUUCACUUCCUCUGGAAAAAAAAGCAAUGCAUAAAUAAUACUAACAAGAAACAUAAAAUCAAUUUAAAAGUGAAAUGGUUUUCAGUGUGAUGGAUCAUUUUGAGUUUAUAAGAUGAUGCUUUUAAUCAGGAGAGUCAUUGAGCUGAUUCUAAAAUGUGUUCUUUAGCUUUGAAAAAAACUCAGAGCUGAAAUCUUGUCAUUAUUUUUGAUCUGCAACACCAGAAAAUAUACACAAUGAUUUGAUUUACUGUCUACUUUCUAUAACAGUACAUUUAUUAUUCUGUCAGAAAAUUUUAAUCAUGUAAGCAAAGCAUAAUGUUACAUUACAGGCAUUUAUCAGACGCUCUUAACCAGAGCAGCAUACAACAUACCCCACACAGCCUGGGGAGCAGUUGGAGAUUAGGUGACUUAUUGGUCCAGGGAACCGAACCAGUAACCUUUUGGUCCCCAAGCUGCUUCUCUAACCAUUAGGCCAUGGCUUCCCAACAUAAAUAAAGCACAGAGGUGACCAGCUGAGAGUUAAGUGUGAUAUUUACAGGCCUAACUGUGACUUCCUUUCAGUCAUGAGAUUUGACCUCACAACCUUUGGAUCAGUAAGAUCAAAUCUUGUAGCCUGAGAUUGAGAAAUACUUGAACAUGUGGAGUUUCAGCUGUGAGCCAAAGGUAUAAACUGUAUUAUAGCUAUGAAAUCUGGAACAGGAUUCCACCCUGGUAUAGAUCCAAUGUCCUAUUUCAUUCAAAGUGGCUUACAAUUCAGACAGGCUAUAAUUGAACAGGUGAGGGUUCGAGCAGGUUAGAGUUCAGGAUGUAUGGAUGUACCGGUUGUGGAUGAUUUCAAUUUCUUAUUACAGUAAUAGCCUGACUUGCUUGAUCGAAAUAAAAUAAACAAGUUUCACAAUAGGCGGCACAGUGGUGUAGUGGUUAGCACUGUCGCCUCACAGCAAGAAGGUUCUGGGUUCAAGCCCAGUGGCUGAUGGGGGCCUUUCUGUAUGGAGUUUGCAUGUUCUCCCCAUGUCUGUGUGGGUUUCCUCCGGGUGCUCCGGUUUCCCCCACAGUCCAAAGACAUGCAGGUUAGGCUAAUUCAUCUCAUCUCAUCUCAUCUCAUCUCAUCUCAUCUCAUUAUCUCUAGCCGCUUUGUCCUGUUCUACAGGGUCGCAGGCAAGCUGGAGCCUGGUUAGGAUAAUUGGUGGCUCUAAAUUGACCGUAGGUGUGAGUGUGAAUGGUUGUGUGUCUCUCUGUGUCAGACCUGUGAUGACGUGGUGACUUGUCCAGGGUGAACCUCGCCUCUCACCCAUAGUCAGCUGGGAUAGGCUCCAGCUUGCCUGCGACCGUGCACAGGAUAAGCGAUUACAGAUAAUGGAUGGAUGGAAGUUUCACAAUAACAGCAUCACACUCACUGAUAUUAAAAGUGAUUUUGGCUGCAGUGUAAUAAACCCACGAGUCAGAAA